AUGGCCUCGUUGGGGCCGGCUCGCCACUACCCAACGCGCAUGCUGGUGCCGAUCCUGUUGUCCCAUGUCUUCACAAACGUCGACUACAUGGCCGGCAGUUGGUACGACGACGGCACCGGAUGGAAAUUGGCUGGGCCGCUUGUAGGCUUUGGUACUUGGGUGAUGUUGAUGGUUCCGCUCAGCUUCCGGCUAUGCCAUUACUUUGUUGAUCCUUGCCGGACCAGGUUCAGGGACUCGCUGCUCAACUGCGCCCUUGCAAUGCUGGUCACCAUUGGAUGGCUGGGUGGAUGGUACGUCAACUAUUUCUUCGUUGGCUUCGAGAUGCUUCCUCCGUGGCUGUCCAUACUGGUGCUCGCAGCCGAACUUCUCCUGCUGGUCCUUUUGCAACGCGCCUCGUGCCGCUGCCGAUGCGGACAUCGCAGUGAGUAG